UUAAACCCUCAUUGCUCAAAACCAACAGACGCACACAGACUUCUUCUUCUUCUUCUUCUUCUUCAAUGGCGGAACCCCAAAUCUCCAAGACGUUCCCAGUGAAACCCAAGCAGAAACCCAAGCCCCGCACCCCAAAACAAACCCCAGAAUCCAAAUACUGGUCCUCCUUCAAAACCAACCAAAUCCCAAACCUCAUCUCCUCCAUCAACUCCCUCACCUUCUCCCCCGCCGCCCCUCACUCCUUCGCCGCUGCCCACUCCACCUCCCUCACCCUCUACAACCCCCUCUCUUCCUCCUCCCAGUCCUCCAACUUCUCCCUCAACGACGUCGUCUCCUCCGCUUCCUUCCGCUCUGACGGCCUCCUCCUCGCCGCCGCCGACCUCUCCGGCCUCGUCCAAGUCUUCGACGUCAAGACCCGCACCCCUCUCCGCCGCCUCCGCUCCCACACACGCCCCGUCCGCUUCGUCAAGUUCCCCCUCCACGACAAGCUCCAUUUAAUCUCCGGCGGCGACGACGCCGUCGUCAAGUACUGGGACGUCGCCGGCGAGGCUCCGAUCUGCGACUUCUUAGGCCACAAGGACUACGUGCGCUGCGGCGAUUGGUCCCCGAAUGACUCCAACAUGUUCAUCACCGGCUCGUAUGAUCACACAGUGAAGCUCUGGGAUGUGAGGGACAAGGAUUCGAGCUCCGUCACCGAAGUCAACCACGGCAAGCCGGUGGAGGACGUCAUGUUCUUGCCCUCCGGCGGCUUGAUUGCGACGGCGGGUGGAGAUUCGGUGAAGAUUUGGGACUUGAUUGGAGGAGGGAAGCUGGUGUAUGCAAUGGAGAGCCACAACAAGACGGUGACGUCGAUUUGUGUUGGGAAAGUAGGGAAGCUCAGCGGUGAGGAAGCGCAGCAGAAUAGGAUUCUGAGUGUGGCAUUGGAUGGUUACUUGAAGGUGUUUGAUUACGCGAAAAUGAGGGUUACUCACUCAAUGCGGUUCCCUGCGCCGCUCAUGUCGGUGGCGUUUUCGCCGGAUUGUAUGACUAGGGUGAUAGGAACGUCGAAUGGGAUAAUAUAUGCUGGGAGGAGGAAAAGUAAGGAGGAUGUGGGGAGAGGUGAGGAGGAGGAGGAGGAGCUUACGAAGUAUGAGAGGAGGUUGAAGAGGUUGGGGAAAGGGAAUGCGUUGGGGUUGGGGCCUGUGGCUGUGGAGCCACGGAUGAGGGUUUUGAAGCCGACUAGUUUUAGGUAUUUUCAGAGAGGGCAGUCAGAGAAGCCGUCAGAGAGGGAUUAUUUGGUGAUGAGGCCGUGGAAAGUGAAGUUGGGGGAGCAUGACAGGCUGUUGAAGAAGUUUAGGCAUAAGGAAGCUUUGGUGUCUGUGUUGGGGAGGAGUAAGAAUCCGGAGAAUGCUGUGGCUGUGAUGGAGGAACUGGUGUCUAGAAAGAAGUUGCUGAAAUGUGUUUCGAAUUUGGAUUUGGAGGAGCUCGGAGUGUUGUUGGUGUUCUUGCAGAAGCACUGUACCAUGCCAAGGUACUCGAGGUUGUUGAUGGGGUUGACAGAGAAGGUUAUUGAGAUGAGGGCUGAUGACAUUAGAGCUUCUACAGAGUUGAAGGGUCUGAUAAGAAACAUUAAACGUGCUGUCGAGGAGGAAGUAAGAAUACAGCUAUCUUUGCAAGAGAUACAGGGCGUGAUAUCCCCUUUGUUGAGGAUAACUGGAAGAAGAUGAAAGUUUCUUCUUGAAGAACCAUUCAUGGGGCGGCUCCUCUGUGUUUACCCUGUUUGAGGUGUCUUUAUCUAUUCUAUCUCUCCAGAGCCUAGUGUAUUGCAAUUUUGUUUUUAUUAUAAUCUAAUGCAUGUUUUAUCCUCUUUCUAGUUUGAAUCUCGGUUAUGCAGAUUAAGGAAAUGUGUGCUCAAUACUUUAUUUUCUCCAAUU